CACCGGUAUUCCUCAGGUUAUUCCCUGGUAUCCCAGUACAGGAAAAUGAACUCUAGUAACAUCUCCGUGGCUCCUCCUGGAUAACUAUAUAUGGUAAUAUGGGGGUGGCUAUGCAAUGCCAGGAGACCAUCGGUACGUGUCCCCAGCAGGGCCUUGGAGCAAGGUGAUUGACAGCCUGCGCCCCCAGGCUAAUAGAGUGACCUCGCUUCCUGGCUGAAGGAAAUAAUUUGACCCCACAUGUGAGAAUCUUUCCUUGUGAACCCACGUGUGUUAGCAUGGCUUUCCCAUUUGGUGAUGAUUUUUUGAACGACAAAGACUUCGGGAAGAUUUUAAAGAAAAAAAGAAGACAGCCACCAAAGCUGUGGAGAGUUCAGGAUGUGGUGGGGGAAGAGGACAGAGAAGGCCAGCUUUGGGUGAAAGUCAAAUGGGCAGGGAAAUGGCCUAGUCAACAGUACUCCUGGGUCCCUCUCCAGGAAAACCCAGAGUUGGAGGCCUACCUCCAUCAUUACAGGGAGGCCACUACUCUGGGUAGGGGAGGGGCCCAAGAAGCUGAAGACAUCCAGCUUCAGUACUUGAGGACGGCCAUCGACACCUCCUUGGGCAAAGGGACUCACAAGGCUGGCCAGUACGCCAGCGCGGCCAGUCUGACCCUCCCAUUUCCAAGGAAAGAAUUCGACAAGCACUUUCGCCCACUGAAGAUUGUGGGAUGGCAGGCAGGGGUCUCUGGGCAACCAGAGACUUUCUCCUGCCUUCCACAAGAGCUCACCCCACUGCUUGGCAGAGGAUGGCAUCGGAAACCUCUGAAGUCAUCCUCUGCCAUCCGCAUCAAAAGAGUAGGUGUCACCUGGCACUACAAGCCAGUGGUCAGGUAUGACCACACUGGCUGUGCCAGGUGCACCUACAAGGGGCCAGAGAAGAACAGGCCACCUAAAUGCUCACCAAAGGAAACACAGCACAUUGAUGAGGGGUGGCUCUCAAUGGUGCUCUCAAGAGAGCUGAUCAACACCCUCCACCCAAAAAGGUACACUAUUCACUUUUUAUGGCGUUUUGAGGAACCUGCUAGUCCCUUAUUACUUUGACUUUAUUCAGAUUGUUACCAGAACAAUA